UUCAGAAACUUGUCAACCCAUAUGGUCAUUGCAGUCGUGUAGUGUGCGUGUGUGGUUGAUAACUUCGCUCAGCAUAGUACAGUGCCCUAAAGAUACCAGAAAAUGGUUACCGAUAGCCAGAAGCAUAAAGUCAUCAAAGAGUUCCUCAUACCGGACACGGUGAAGGACGAUAUCGCCUACUGCCAACGAUCUUUACGGGACUGCGUGAAAGUGCAUCAGUACUUCGUUGAACGAUGCAACAGUUUGUCGGUAAAACAGCAAGAACAGGUAAAGAAAUAUUUGCUCGAAUUGGAGGACGAAAUGAGGGCGAUCGGUCAGGAACAGAGUGGAUUGGUGAUGGAUUUGGCAAACCGGCUAAAACAUUUCCAGCGCAAGACGGCCAACGAAAAGCACAUCGUACUUGGUGAUGACCUUGCAAAUGGUUACGUUGCAUGGGUUCUAUCGAACCACUCCGAUGUGCAUUGCAACGCAGCAUACAUGCCACAUGCCGUAUCGGAGCGAUUGAACGAAAGCCAGCUGUAUCAAAAGUAUCGACUGGAACCGGUGCAAAGUUGCGACGUUGGCACAGCCCUGCCCGAUGGGACCAAGCUGCAAGAUAAACGACUGCGUAAAAGACCGGUUUUGCAGACCUCACUGUUGAAACCGAAAGAAGAACGUGAUCACUCCAGUACUGCCUUAAAGCAAGAGCCUUCCCUAACACCUCCGAGCACACCGAAAACGGCGCCCACACCGCCUCUACCACAGCCAGCCCAAGGCACGGUCACAAGGACUACGGCCAGCAGGCGAAAAACACCACCCGAACAACAGCCUUUAAUCCUGAAAAAAAUGCUCCGAUCUAGAUCGACAACGCCCGUGGUUACGGUGAAGCAAGAGCACGAUAUAAAGCAGGAACCGAUCGAUCAGGAAAAUAGUAUUGAUACAGAAGAUCAGUUAGCGACGAUUACUUUGCAGGAAUCGGCUGCAGUGAAGCGUGGCCGCAGCAAUCUGCUACAAGCGCUAAAUAAAGCGAAGACCACACAAAAGACAGCUUUGAAGCAACCGCAAACUAGCCCACCCGCUUCGGCCAUUAAAGGUGGACGGAACAAUCGGGCCGGUUCAUUAAAUGCGGGGGAACAGCGCAGCUCAUCGGUGUCGUCGGAUUCCUCGAACUCACGAGCCUCUACACCGGGAACGUCCUGCAAUGGUGGUGGCGGCGGCGGCGGCAAUACACGCAAAUCGAACGUGGAAAAUGGUACCUCUGAUGAAUCAUCGCUCGAACGAUUGUUACCACCAGAAGAACCACCCUGCACAUUGCCAACGAACAUCGACGAGUGGGAACAGUACAGCUUUCUAAAACUCUUCGGACUGUACACGAUCGAGGAUAGUAAUCUUUUAAAGGGACGCAAAAACGAACGCAAGCGUCGUAGCUGCUGUAGUACCGAGCGCAAAGAUUUCCAUUACGGCCGUUUCGAUUACUACGAGCAGCAGUUCUACAUUGUACAGAAGCGACGAUACAAUGUCAACAAGCGCUUGUUGUUCACCGCAACAUCGGCGGAAAAAUCAAUAAACAAAAGAAAGCCUUGGUCCAGCUUAGUGAUGCCGGCACCAGUUUCCUUACCGGUACAGGAUAUAUCCACGGAUGGAAAAGCUUCCUUUCAAGCCGACUCUCUAGAAAGGGAAGAAGACGAAAGCUGUGUGUUAGAAGCGCAGAACAAACUUUGCUUCGUUUGCAAAAAAGAUGGUAACACUGCCAAUACUUUAAACACCUGUAUGGACUGUAGCAAUUUUUAUCACCUGAGCUGCCACGUAGACGAAGACGCUAGCCAGGCAGAGCAAAAGAUAGAUUGUAAAGCCGACACGAAUGAUUGUGAUGGUGGCGAUGAAAAUGGAAAUCGUUCCACCGCUGCACAACUGUUGACAACGCCACGAAAUGAACUGUGUCCGGUGUGCUUAGCCUUAGCAAAGAGUAGCAUAAAAUGAAGUUAAAGAAAUUCGUUAAAUUUGUUUUUUUUAAAUUGUUAUUUUACUUUCAUAUACAAAUGCUAUGCGUCAAGAAAGCAGCAAUCUUCAUCCCUUUCUUUUUAGAUAGCACAUUGUAAUAUAGUAGAAAAUGAUUAGCAAACACACUCACACACACAAUCCGUAGUGCGAUUAUAGGAUAAUACAGUUUCGUAAACUCAAGUAUAGCAAUAAAACGAACAUGAUUGUGCAAAGGUUUCAGAA